AAGGUUGCAAGUUAAUUAUAUGGAGAAAACUCGAACUACUAAGAGCCAGAUUGCAGAAAGAUCAUAAAUCUAAAUUGUUUGAGGAAAUUGAAGCAAAGCUACUUCACAAUAAUAAAAAUAGAACAGUUAGAGCUAAAUUUCAAAUGCAAGAUAAAAAGAAACAUGAAUGGGUGCUUGUUAAUAAGGAAAAUGAUGAGACAAUAGUUAGUAAAAUUAGCAAGAAGCAAAAGUCCAAGGUUUUAAUUGAUUAUUGGGUAAAGAAAAAGAGUGUACUAGGGGUUCUACCUCAUAGUAAUCAAGACAAAACUAUGUUGAAACCACUGGUGUUAGAAGAAGUGGUAGAAUACAAAGUAAACACAAAGGAAAUAGUAGUAAGUAGCACAGAAGAAGAAGUUGCAA